GAGGUGAGACUGAUCGACGUCUUGCUCCCCUCUAUGCUCCACAAGGACGUUCGGGAACGAAAGGCACUCUCUCCUUUCGUACGCCUGGAGACUCAGCUCCGAGAACAGAUGGUGCAAGAUGCCCUGGACAACGUGCGACGCUCCAUUGUCCUUACGACCUCCGUAUCCGAUCUCCGGGAGAAGACGGAAGCUGGUGCCAAAGCCCCUCCCCCUUCUCGUCACGCCAAACGCAAGCCUCGCUCCGAGCCGAUCAAACUCCAUGAGGCGACCAUCUCAGCAAGAGCGGAGUACCACCGCCUACGUACAAUUCUACUUCGCCUGUCUGCCAAAGACAUCCCACCGCGCUUGCGAGACUCCGACCUCAAGCACUUCACCGUGCUCCACAGCCAGAGGAAUGCAGGCGACACCCAACGAGUGCCACACUGGAUCUGGUCCUCCGCAAAGUGGGUGGAGAAUAUAUCCGACAAGGACCAGAAGCGAUUCGCACUGGCUAAACUGAAGGUAUUGUGGUUCCGCACGAAGGCGGCUACGGCGCGAUGGGAGGAGGAGGUGUAUCUCUGCUCUGAGGAGAUGUACCGAAUCCUGGGAAUGUGGACGUACGAAAAAACACGCUGG